GCUGCGAGCAGCCGGCCGAGUCAUGGGCUGCGACGGCCGGGUGUCGGGGUUGCUCCGCCGCAACCUGCAGCCCACGCUCACCUACUGGAGCGUCUUCUUCAGCUUCGGCCUGUGCAUCGCCUUCCUGGGGCCCACGCUGCUGGACCUCCGCUGCCAAACGCACAGCUCGCUGCCCCAGAUCUCCUGGGUCUUCUUCUCGCAGCAGCUCUGCCUCCUGCUGGGCAGCGCCCUCGGGGGCGUCUUCAAGAGGACCCUGGCCCAGUCGUUAUGGGCCCUCUUCACCUCUACCCUGACCAUCUCCCUGGUAUUUGCUGUCAUCCCCUUCUGCCAUGAUGUGAAGGUAUUGGCCUCGGUCAUAGCGCUGGCGGGCCUCGCCAUGGGCUGCAUCGACACCGUGGCCAACAUGCAGCUGGUGAGGAUAUACCAGAAGGACUCAGCCUUCUUCCUUCAGGUCCUCCAUUUCUUCGUGGGCUUUGGUGCUCUGCUGAGCCCCCUGAUUGCUGAUCCCUUCCUGUCAGAGGCCAACUGCUUUCCUGCUAAUAGCACGGCCAAUGCCACCUCCAGAAGCCACCUGUUCCAUGCAUCCCCGGUCCUGGGCCAGCAUCAUGCAGCAACCCAGCCUUGGUCAAACCAGACGAUCCCUAGGCCACCCCCAAAGGAUUCGACCGAGAACCACGUAUCCUAUGCCUUCUGGAUCAUGGCUCUCAUCAACCUCCCAGUGCCCCUGGCUGUUCUGUUCCUGCUCUCCAAGGAGCGCCUGCUGACCUGUCCCCAGCGGAAGCCACUGCUCCUGUCUGCAGAUGAGCUGGCACUGGAGACCCGGCCUGCUGAGAAGGACGACACCUCCUCACUGGCCCCCAGGUUUCAGUCACACUCAGGGCAGGAGGACCUGUUCAGCUGCUGUCAGAGGACGAACUUCCGGGGUGCCCCGUGCUCUUUCUUUGCCAUCCACAUCACAGCUGCUCUGGUCCUCUUCAUGACGGAUGGGAUGAUGGGUGCUUAUUCCGCCUUUGUGUAUAGCUAUGCUGUGGAGAAGCCACUGUCUGUCGGACACAAGACGGCUGGUUACCUCCCCAGCCUCUUCUGGGGCUUCAUCACCCUGGGCCGGCUCAUCUCCAUCCCUGUCUCCUCAAGGAUGAGGCCAGCCACCAUGGUGUUCAUCAACGUGGUGGGAGUGGUGGUGACAUUCCUGUUGCUGCUUAUUUUCUCCUACAAUAUCAUCUUCCUGUUCGUGGGGACCGCAAGCCUGGGGCUGUUUCUGAGUAGCACCUUCCCCAGUAUGCUGGCCUACACUGAGGACAUCCUCCAGUACAAAGGCUGUGCAACUACAGUGCUGGUGACCGGGGCAGGAAUUGGCGAGAUGGUCCUGCAGAUGCUGGUUGGUUUGAUCUUCCAGGCCCAGGGCAGUUACAGUUUCCUGGUCUGUGGGGUGAUCUUUGGCUGCCUGGCUUUUAUCUUCUACAUCUCGCUCCUGUUUUUCCACAGGAUACACCCUGAACUCUCAUCAGUCCUUAUCCAAGACAAACCCCUUGGCGUGGAGAACCCUGAGAGCUACCAGAGGUGAAGACCUCAGCCUCCUGAGCGACAGGGUGACCAAACUGACACAGGAGGCCAAGGGUCACAGAGGAGGUCUCUCCUGCCACCUCACUUUUUAUCUUUUCCCUUCACACUUAGCCAAGAAGUUGGGUCCUGUUCCCUGAGUGUUGCCUGGACAAAUCAAGCACCUGCCUGGCACUUGAGUGUCUUCUCCUCUGGUUCAGACUUACAGCCCACAGUAACCAGAUGGGAGGGCAAAAGACAGCGCUCACAUCUCCCCGUUCCAUCACCCUGUGCAUGGGCUACACUCUGGGUUUGAGAUCACUUUUAGUUGAGGUUUGACAAAAAUGCCGAAAUCAUAAAACUUAAUCAUUGCUAGGUGUAGAUAUAUUUAGAUAUAUUUUAAAUUAAUCAAAACCCUCUGGCAUGUUGAAAAGGAUUUACCCAUGAUCCAAAGUCCCUCGCAUUACUCCUGCAGAAACCAGGAGGUCACUUGUGUCCUAAGACAGCAAAGGAAAUGCUGAAUCUUGUUUUGAGACCCUAGGUCAGCGGCACACGGGGCUAACUCAGACCAGCUUUAAAGAAGCCGACUGUUAAAUUUUCAUUUUGAGAGCUAGUCGUGCAGCCAUGAUUUCUAAGUAAAUUAAUUUGCAGCUAAACGAAGGUAAUACU